AUGAUUGGAAGGAAAAUAAAACAGAAGGCUCCACGUCGACGUUGUCGUCGUUGGUCAUUAACCAGUUUUCCCAUCGACACUGCUGUCGACGAUCGCCAGUCUCGAGUCGUCACUCCGACGCUGAAGACAAUACUGGCAAUCAUGAUAUUCCAUCAGCAAGCAGAGUCAGCGCCAACAACGGAACCGGAAACAGAUCUCCAAAUGCCCACGCUAUUCAUCGGACACAUCCCAAGAACCCGAAUGGAUUUAAACUACAUCGACGCCCUGCCCAUUAAAAACAGCAUGCCAAUGCCCAUCACCGUCGACCUGUCGCUCAUUCGCGACACUGCCGAAGCCGUGGCAGAGUCAGUGUUAGACUUCGGCCUCGACUUCGACACCGACAGUGUAUCAGAAAACGUCGUGUCACCACCGAACCAUCGCUUAUCGUCACCCAGUGCCCAGGGUCCACUCAUCGGCCCACCGCCAAAAAGCGUCGAGGUAGAUUUGCCCUUGUCGUCAGGCAGUCUCGACACUUUGCUACAGCUGUCAGCGGCAGUCAACGACACAGAACGCGUGGAAAAUUCGUUGUCGGCGUCGACCACGUCGACAACGGGGGUCAAAAGAACGACGACUGCAACGUCCACGACGCCGUCGACGUCGACAGUGACGACGGCCAUCACGCAAACCACGCCUCGGACACCGACUACAGUUCAAACAACACAAACGACACUUUCCACACCCAAAACGACGACGGUGACGACAUCGACAGGCACCUUGGCACAAAAAUACAGCUACGGAUAUUCCAUCGCAGACAAACAGACAGGUGAUUACAAAAGUGCGCAAGAAGAACGCCAAGGAGACUCGGUCCAGGGCGAAUACCGGGUUCUAGAACCCGACGGGUUGACAUUGCGUGUUGUGCGUUACUGGGUCAGCCCAGGGACCGGGUUCCGUGCGGAAAUCAAGUUUGAGAAGGUGGACCUCACAAGGAGAUCAACGCCUCAACGAGAAAUCCCAACCUCCCCAAGCACAACGGAAAUGACAACAGAGACCGGAAACAUCAACAACGUUCUCCCGGAUGGCGUCGUAAUUUCCGGACAGGAAGAGCAAGUGUCUUCAAGAUCAGUUCGCUCGUCCAAAGAACCCGAGCCCGAAGCCUCAACAGCGGCAUUCAUUACGUCGCAUUCCUCAAGUGCUGAUCAUCUCGUCGUCGACACAAGUGACAGCAUGAACUCGACAGUGAGCCAAUCGACACCGACGCCAUCGAACAUUCCUAAAAUAGCUCAGGCUUCGAGAACGUCGCGAAGAAACGCGAUUCUCGACAGAAUGGUCUCUCACCGACGACGAACAUGACUUUUUCUCCAGAAAGAGAUCAGUCAAAUGUUUUUCAAAAGAUAUUAAAUAAAUCAAGACAAAAAAAGAUUCUCUUAAAAGUCGCAGGGCAAUUAAUUCAAAUGUUUAUUGUGAUCUUUGAAGUCUCGGCGCCGACUUCAACUUUUGUAACUAAGAUAUCUUAAAGAAAAAUAAUAUACUUUUCUGUGAAAAAGCGCAAAAA